CACACUGCGCCGGGCCGGAUUUCAGCCGUCCAUCGCCUUCACGCACAAACUUCCCCAAACCACACGAUUGACUCCCACUCGCUCAAUCCACUUCAAUUUCUCCACCACCACCCAACCACCGCCGCCAAGAUGGAGGCCGUCGGGGUCCUGUUGAUGUGCCCGAUGAACAACUACCUGGAGCAGGAGCUCGAAAAGCGAUUCAGGCUCCUGCGGUACUGGACUCAGCCUAAGCAGACGGAUUUCGUGGCUCAGCACGCCCACUCGAUCCGCGCCGUGGUGGUGACCCCCGCCGCCAUCGUCACCGCCGAGUUGAUCGACGCGCUGCCGAAAUUGGAGAUUGUUUCGACCUUCAGCGUGGGAUUGGAUAAGAUCGACCUGGCCAAGUGCAGGGAGAAGGGGAUUAGGGUUACCAACACCCCCGAUGUGCUCACGGAUGACGUGGCGGACCUUGCGAUCGGGCUGAUGCUGGCUGUGUUGAGGAGGAUUUGCGAGUGUGAUAGGUAUGUGAGGAGAGGGGCCUGGAAAAAUGGUGCUUUCAAGUUGACAUCUAAGUUCAGCGGGAAAAGGGUGGGCAUCAUAGGUUUGGGCCGGAUUGGGCAGGCAAUCGCACAGCGGGUCGAAGGGUUCGACUGCCCCAUUAGCUACUACUCGAGAUCCGAGAAACCAAACACAAACUACAAAUACUACAAAACCGUUGUCGAGCUAGCCUCCAACUGCGACAUCCUGGUCGUGGCCUGCGCUUUAACCCCAGAGACGACUCACAUCGUGAACCGUGAGCGGCUAUUUGGGCUCGAUAAUGUGGUCCUGCUGCCGCACGUGGGGAGUGGCACGGUGGAGACUCGCAAGGCCAUGGCUGAUCUCCCGUCCAUCGCCCUCCCGCACAAACUUCCCAAAACCACCCGAUUGACUCCCACUCGCUCACUCCCCUUCAAUUUCUCCACCACCACCCAACUACCGCCACCCUCCGCCGCGAAGAUGGAGACCGUCGGGGUCCUGAUGAUGUGCCCGAUGAACAACUACCUGGAGCAGGAGCUCGAAAAGCGAUUCAGGCUCCUGCGGUACUGGACUCAGCCGAAGCAGACGGAAUUCGUGGCUCAGCACGCCCCCUCGAUCCGCGCCGUGGUGGGGAACGCUGCCGCCGGCGCCACCGCCGAGUUGAUCGACGCGCUGCCGAAAUUGGAGAUUGUUUCGAGCUUCAGCGUUGGAUUGGAUAAGAUCGACCUGGCCAAGUGCAGGGAGAAGGGGAUUAGGGUUACCAACACCCCCGAUGUGCUCACGGAUGACGUGGCGGACCUGGCAAUCGGGCUGAUGCUGGCUGUGUUGAGGAAGAUUUGUGAGUGUGAUAGGUAUGUGAGGAGAGGGGCCUGGAAAAAUGGUGAUUUCAAGUUGACAUCUAAGUUCAGCGGGAAAAGAGUGGGCAUAAUAGGUUUGGGCCGGAUCGGGCAGGCAAUCGCUCAACGGGCCCAAGGGUUCGACUGCCCCAUUAGCUACUACUCGAGAUCCGAGAAACCAAACACAAACUACAAAUACUACAAAACCGUUGUCGAGCUAGCCUCCAACUGCGACAUCCUGGUCGUGGCCUGCGCUUUAACCCCAGAGACGACUCACAUCAUCAAUCUGGAAAAAUGCAGGGAGAGGGGGAUUAGGGUGACCUACACGCCGCACGGCCCCACCGAUGAGGUGGCUGAUAUGGCCGUCCUUCUCACUCUGGCGACGGCGCGGCGGAUCUGCGCCACGGAUCGAUUCGUGAGGAGCGGCAAUUGGACGAACGGCAAUUACGAGCUGACCACGAAGCGGCAAAUCAAUCGGCAUUUCGGGUUGGGUCGGAUCGGCUGCUCGAUUGGCUACCACUCGCCUUCCCCAAAACCAAACUCCGUCUACAAACACUACACCUCCAUCCUCGACCUAGCUCUGAACUCCCAAAUCCUAAUCGCAGCUUGCCCGCUGACCCACCAAACCCGCCACAUCAUCAGCCGUGAUGUCAUCAACUCCCUGGGCAAAACCGGAAUUGUGAUAAAUAUCGCGAGGGGCCCGCUUAUCGACGAGGAUGAGCUGGUUUCGGCUCUCGUCGAGGGCCGGCUGGGAGGGGCGGGCCUGGAUGUGCUGGAACACGAGCCCGAGGUUCCAGCCCGAAUUCUCGGGCUGGAUAAUGUUGUCCUCUCGCCUCAUGUUGGUGGCAGCACGGUCGAGACACGUAAGGCGAUGGCGGACCUCGUUUUGCGGAACUUGGAGGCUCAUUUUUCGAACAGGCCAUUGCUCGAC